AUGUUCAAUUAUACUUAAUCAGAAGAAGAAAUAAACCAUCCUUAAUAUAGAACAAGGGUUAGAUACAAGUAAAUACAUUGUUUAAAUAGAAGGGAUAAUGCAAUUUCUCGAGAUUUGAGUGGAAAACUGGAUGUAACUUGUUUUUUAAUGGCUGUGGAAAUAUAGCGCUUGGUUGCAGAGAACACAGAAUUAAAAAUCCAAAUUAAAUAGCACCAUGACAGUGGACUCGAUAGAAUUAAUUAUGAGAUGUAAAUAAGAGACUUAAUGGAGAAACUUUAACGAUUGCAACAGUAUGAAUUAGAUUAAGCUUAGAGACAAUUAGUUGAUCGUGACUGACAAUGAGAGAUUGAGAAAACUUAUAUAGGACCUCGAAGUCUCCUUAUCAAAAUAUGAGAUCUAAUUUAGGGAUUAUGAUCCAAAUUGGAGAAAGGAAUUGGAAAAUUAAAAAAAACAGCUACUAUAAUUAUAAAAAAAAAUAGGAGAUGAAGAUAUAGGUAAUGUUGAAAUUUUCAAUUUUAGAUGAUUUGAAGGCUCAAUUAAACCAAUUGAAGCGAAAACUUAAUGAUUAUGAUAGAUAAUUUGAUGGGAAGAAUCCAGAUGAACUUUAAAGAAUGCUUGAUGAAUUGAGAAGAAAAGCUAAAUUAUACGAUGACUUGUAAAAUAAAUUAGGAGGCAUGAAUCCAGAUAUUCUUGCUAAAAAGCUAAAGGACCUUGAGAAAUUAUAAAAACAAUUUGGAGGGAGUCCAGAAGAUUUGUUGAAAGUAUAUAAAUUAUUAAUGAAUUCCAAAGGAAUUAGAAAAAUUAAGGAAAAAAGCUAAAGAUGCAGAUGAAUUGAAGAAGGAAUUAGAUAGGUAAUAAAGAGAGAAUGAUAAAUAAAAGAAUGAUCUUGGAAUGCUGGAUGAUUUAUAGGUAUUUAUAUUUACAAUACAUUAAAUAGAAAAAUUGUUAGGAUUUAUAAUUUACUAAUGGAUAAUUAAAUUAAUAAUUAAAUGAUCUUAAAAAUAAAUUAAAGGAUUUAGAAGGAAUAAAAAAUGAAUUAAAUUAAUUAAGAGAUUUAACAAAUAAAAAGGAUUAAGAAAUUGUAAGUUUAAAAAUGUAAUUAAAUGAUGCUUAAAAAUAAAUUUCAGAUUUAUAGAAAUAAUUGUAAGAUUAAGCCAGAUUAUUAAAUGAAAUUCAAUACAAAUACAGGUAGGCAGAAUAAGACAAAAUGAAAUUAUAAAAAGAUUUAUAGAAUUGUUUAGAAGAGUUGGAUUCUGCUGAUGGUUAAAAGGAUGUUGCUGAAUAACUAAAAGAUGAUAAUGAUAAAUUAAAUUAGGAAGUUGAUUAAUUACAUGAGGACAAUGAUAAAUUAUAGAAUGAAAAUGAAGAUCUUAGGAAUAGACUAAAUGAUCUAUUAAGGUAAAUUUAGGAUAAGGAUAAUAAACUAAAAGAUUUAUAGACUGAUUUAAUCAAGAAAAACCAAGAGUUAAAAGAUUUUAGUAAUAAAUUAAAGGAAGCUAAUGACAAGAUAUAAUGGAUCAAGAAUGAAUUUGGAUUAACUGAUGAUGAUCUAGACCCAAAGAAAAGAAAAUCUAAUAGUAAGAAUAACUAAGAAAACAAGUUAUUUGCAAGCAUUUAACCAUCCAAUAUGCUGAUGCACUACUUAUUACUUUCAACUGAAAAUGAAAGAUUGGGGAUUAUUAUUGAUAAAUAAUAUGGCUAGAUUGAAUCUCUUUAAAAUCAAGUGAACGCUUAUAAAUAAAAAAACGAAUAAAUAACUUAGCAACUAUAAUAAUAACUUAUCUUAUAGUCUCAAAUGAAAAUGGAUAAUGAAAUCGAAAAGCUAAAGGAGUAUUAUGAAAAUAAAAUCGUAAUGUUGACAAUGGAAUUAAGUCGAUUAAGACAAUAAUAAACAUCCUCAUAUUAAUCAAUCUCAACUCUUCAAACAAGAUUUACAAGUUAACCAAAUGGUAAGUUAUAUGAUUCCACCACACUUCAACCAAAAAGAGAAGAGGAAUUACUUUCCUUGCUUGUAUUAAUGGCUGCUGAAGUGCAGAAUCUAAGAGAUUAAAAUAGUUCCUUGUUAUUACGUUAGAAUGAUACUGAAAUAAAUAAGGGAUUGUUGAGUAGGAGUUCUAAUCGUGUCAUUGUUGAACAAUUGACUCUACUUGAAGACCAAGAUAAUUUAGAAUAAUCAAAAAAUUAUUUCUUAAAUUCCCAUAAAGAGACAAAUAAAGAAUAUCAGGUCAAUUAUAAAUAUUCAACUUAAAUCAAGAAUAAUGUUAAUAAUGAAUAAUACUAGAAUCUAGUUUCCCCCAUUGAUAGAGUAAACUCUUUAUAGGGGGACAUUGGUUCUUAAAGAUCCUAUCAAUAUUAAUCAUAGAUUCCAUACAAAUUCGAUUAAAACUCAUAGCAAUUAGAAGGCAGUGGAUUAUUGAAGAUGUAAAAAUAUGAGACUUCAAGAUAUGUAAAUUGA